GACACUUCAGCCUCUGGAAGCCUCUGUCAGCUGAGCCUCCUAGGAGCCUCUCCUCCUUCUCCUGCCAUCCCGGACCAGCCUGCCAGCGACCAUGAGGGCACCCUACUUUCUGCUGCUGACCCUCUGCCUCUUCUGCUGCCAGAUGUCCUCAGGUGUCGGCUAUCUCACGGGUCUCGGCCACAGGUCUGACCAUUACAUCUGUGCCAGGAGUGGCGGCACCUGUCACUUCUCCUCUUGCCCGCUCUUCACCAAGAUUGAGGGCACUUGUUACGGCGGGAAGGCCAAGUGCUGCCUCUGAGCUGGGAGCCAUGGGAGAAAGAACACAGAAGCCAAAUGAAGUAUUUGUAAUAGUAGUUUUAAUAAAAGAAACCUUUUUUUGAAGCA